AUGAGAGUCAGUCAUAUCAAGAAUCAUAUUGAUGAGCAGAUGGAGCUCAUCAAAAUCAUCAACGAGACCAUCACAAACUUAACUCGUGUCGGGGAAGAAAAUAUUUCGCUUCAACGUGUGGAGGCUAGGAAAACUGCUUUGCGUGACACCUGGAACAAAUUCUCAGCUACUCAUGAUGCAAUUAAAAUUGCUAUGAGAAAGUUAAGUGAUCAUAAGAAGCGAAAGGUAUUAAGGCUCCCUUAUCUCCAGGACAAUCUCUACCGAAUUACCUAUGAUGCAUACCUAGAAGCAUUGGAAAAGAUGAACACCUUGUAUUAUCAGCUACGACAGGCUGAGAGCAGAGCAUCGUCAGUCACGAAUACGGAAUUACCGGUUCAUCAUUUCGGUCCUCGUCUACCAAAUCUUGAUCUACCAAAGUUUAAUGGUAAUCCAUCUGAAUGGCUGCAAUUCAAGGAUCUGUUCACCUCCAUGGUUCUCAACAAUAAUUCUUUAUCCAUCAUAUGGAAGCUUCAUUAUCUCAAGCAGAGUCUUACUGGUCCAGCAGCGGAUUUUUUAAAGAAUACAGCCUUAACAACUGAUAAUUUUCAAAAAGCAUGGGAUGCGCUAGUUUCAUUCUACGAAAAUAAGCGGUUGUUGGUAAAUUCAGCGCUUCAAUCAUUAAUUACCAUGAAGAGGAUGACAAAAGAAUCAGCUGUGGAAAUGGAAGGUCUCUAUUCUACAAUUACACAAAUCUAUCGAACUUUAGAGACACUUGGACGACCAGUUAACACUUGGGAUGAUUUCUUGGUGUUUAUUACGGUUCAACGUCUGGAUUCAGAAUCUGUCAAGGCAUGGGAACUCCAUCUAGGUUCUACCAAAGAUCCUCCAACUUGGAAACAGUUCAUAGAGUUUCUGAUGAGUCGAUUACUAACUCUCCAAGCAGUCGAAAAAUCAAGAAAGCCUGGGUCUCAGCAUAAUCCAAGAGUAACUACGGUUCAUCAUGCAUCUGGAGAUCCAAGUAAUUUCAAGAAAUGUUCUAUUUGCUCCGCAGAUCAUUAUACAGCUAAAUGUCCAGAGUUUGCUAAUAAACCACUUGAGAAAAAAUUGGCAAUUAUCAAAGACAAGAAGUUAUGUUAUAAUUGCUUGAGAAAUCAUCUAGUCAACAAGUGUACUUCGACAAGAAGGUGUAUGAAUUGCGGAAAAAGACAUCAUACAGCUAUCCAUAGAGAUGAAGCAGAUUCAACACCAAAUGUUCAAGCCAAUUUAACAUCUUAUUCAACUUCAACAGCUAAUCAAACUCUGCUCGCCACUGCUCAAGUCGCAGUCGUUUCGGAACAAGGAUAUCAAGUCCAAGCAAGAGCAUUGAUUGAUCCUGGGUCUCAAGUAUCUUUUAUAUCUAAAAGAUUAGUUCAGCAGCUUCAUCUUAAAAGGAAACCAGUAAUAUUCGAAUUACAUGGAAUCGGCGCGGUAAAUGCCGGAAGAACUCAAGGUCUGGUAUCAGUUACAUUACGACCUCACUUCAAGUCAUCUCAACAAGUAAAUAUUCAAGCUCAUGUUCUUCCUAAGUUAACAGCAAGGAUUCAAGCUACGUCAUCUGCAAAUUGGAGUCAUUUUCAACAACUUCAACUAGCUGACCCUAGCUACAAUCAACCUGGUAAAAUUGAUGUUAUCAUUGGAGCAGAUUAUUAUGGUCAAAUUUGUCUUGAAGGUCUACGAAAGGGACCAACUAACUCUCCUACGGCUCAAUCAACGAUCUUCGGAUGGAUCCUUUUCGGUCCCACUGGAAAUUCUUCUACCUCUUCAAUACAGUGUUUUCACACUUCUGUUGAUGAAGAACUCUACGAACUUAUACAAAGAUUUUGGAAGCUCGAUGAUAUUCCUGUAAGCAAUAAAUCUUCUUUAACCCCAAAUGACCAAGAAUGUGAAGAUCAUUUCAAGGAAACACAUUCUCGAGAUAAUACUGGCCGCUAUAUCGUCAGAUUACCAUUUAAAAAGCCGGUCGAAUCUCUUGGAGAAUCAAAGAGUGCAGCACAUCGUAUGUUAUUUACUUUAUCUAAGCGAUUCCUGAAAGACUCAUCAUUGCGGAUAGCUUAUCAUGGAUUCAUGGAUGAAUAUCAACGACUACAACAUAUGAGAUUGGUAUCUAAGUCUACUGCUGAGCCUAAGCACAGCUAUUACUUACCUCAUCACGGAGUAAUACGAGAACAAAGUCUAACAACUAAAUUGCGAGUGGUCUUCAAUGCAUCUUGUAAGACUUCAAGUGGGUUAUCUUUAAAUGACAUUCUUCACACUGGACCUAAGCUACAAACUGAACUAAUCGAUGUACUCUUACGAUUCCGGUUCUUUAAAUAUGUCUUCGUCUCGGAUAUUGAGAAGAUGUACAGACAAAUCAUGGUCCAUCCAAAUGAUUGGGAGCUCCAAAGAAUUUUGUGGAAAAACAAAAAGGAUGAAUUAAUUAUUUAUCAACUAAUGACUGUCACUUAUGGGAUGGCUUGUGCUCCCUUUCUAGCUUUGCGAGUUAUGCAGCAACUAGUUGAAGAUGAAGGACCAAAGUACCCUCUGGCUAUAUCAACUCUAACAAAAGGCCGAUACGUUGACGAUGUUUUCGGUGGUGAAGAUUCCAUUCAAGAAGCACAAGAAACGGUGAAACAAGUAAACAAUCUCUGCAUGGCGGGCGGUUUCCCUCUUAAGAAAUGGAUAAGCAAUGAACCUUCAACUCUUCAAUCAAUCUCAUCUGCGGAUCAACUUCUGGCUUCUUCAGUAACAAUUGAUAAAAGUACAGUUGUACAUGCUCUUGGCAUGAAUUGGAGUCCGAUUACUGAUAAGUUCCAGUUCACAUGGAAUAUUCCUGCUUAUUCAAAAAUUACAAAACGGACAAUCCUAUCAACUAUUGCUAGAUUCUUCGACCCACUUGGACUUCUGGCUCCGGUAGUAAUCACGGCAAAGAUCUUUAUUCAUCAACUCUGGACGAAUCAGCUGGGCUGGGAUGAUCCACUAUCUGCAGUUCUCUCAAAUCAAUGGAAAGAUUUGAUUCAGAGUUUCCAAGAGAUGAACCAGAUGUCAAUUCCUCGCUGGCUUCAACAUCACGCACAAGCUCUCGCUACUGUCAUUUACGUCUUUUCAAAAGAUCCAAAUGAAAAAACUCAGACUGUGUUAUUGUGCUUGAAGACCAAGGUAGCUCCUAUCAAGAGGCUAACUAUCCCUCGAUUAGAACUAUCAGCUGCUGUACUACUAACAAAAUUAGUUCAUCACGUUCUUCAAAAGUUUGAAAUAAAGAAACCUCAAGUUCAUCUUUGGACAGAUUCCGCAAUCACAUAUACUUGGAUAAAUAAUCAUCCAUCUCGUUGGAAAGAAUUUAUUCAUAACAGAGUUUUCUUUAUCCAAAAAACUCUUCCCGCAGCAAAAUGGCAAUUUGUACCAGGUAAAGAAAAUCCUGCUGACUGCGCUACACGUGGAUUAACUCCAACUCAGUUAUCCAAGUAUUCUAUUUGGUGGUUUGGUCCUGAAUGGUUAAAGCAGUCAUCAUCAUCAUGGCCUAAUGGUUCAACAAUUCCAACGGUCAACGAUAAUCUGGAAGAACGUCCAAUUAUAGUAAUGACAACCAAACUUAUACCUAUGUCAAUUGAAGAGUUUCUUCGGAGAACAACACCGAAACCAUUUGAUCAACUAAAUCGCAUUUAUCAUAAUUUAACUCGACUACUUCGUAUCACUGCCCUUUGUAGAAGAUUCAUUCUAAGAUUACGGAAGAAAGCAGCAAAUCUUAAAACUGAGCCAAUCACUGUACAAGAAUUAAACGACGCUAAAUUCUACUGGGUCAAGAUAACGCAACAACAUGCCUUCAAUCAAGAAAUCAAACAACUAUCCAGAGGAGAACAUCUGUCCAACUCUAAUCCUCUAGUAAGAUUAACACCUUUUAUCGAUUCACAAGGGAUUCUUCGAGUAGGAGGAAGAUUAGAGUCAUCUCACUUGCCAUUUGGUGCCAAACAUCCAGCUAUUCUUCCACGAAAUUCUCCACUGACUAAGAUGAUCAUUGAUAAAGCUCAUCAAAAAACUCUUCAUGGAGGAAUCCAAAAGACUUUAUCCUUCAUUCUAGAUGAAUUCUGGAUUAUUGGAGGAAGAACUUCAGUCAAAUCAGCAAUCUGGAACUGUGUAAGAUGUGCAAGAUUCCGACAAAUCAAGAGCCAACAACUAAUGGGUCAAUUACCAAUUCAUCGAGUUACUCCUUCUCGUCCCUUUUUGCAUACCGGUGUUGACUAUGCUGGACCAUUCAUGCUAAAAACUUGGAGAGGACGCAAUGCUCCUAUUCAUCUAGAACUUGUCACCGAUUAUACAACUAAUGCCUUUAUAGCAGCUUAUAAACGGUUUACUGCCAGACGUGGGAUUUGUGCAACAUUGAGAAGCGAUUGUGGAACCAAUCUCAGAGGAGCGGACUCGGAACUUCAAAACCUCUUUUCUUCAACAUCAAAACAGCUUGGUAAACUAGCUUCACUCCUCGCCAAUGACGGUACUCAAUGGUUGUUUAAUCCUCCUUCUGCUCCUCAUUUCGGUGGAAAGUGGGAAUCUGGAGUGAGAUCAACAAAACACCAUCUUUGUAGAGUAAUAGGAGAACAACAACUAACUUAUGAAGAAAUGAGUACCUUCCUGACUCAAGUUGAAGCUGUUUUGAACUCAAGGCCUCUAUGUUCGCUCACUGAAGAUCCUGAUGAUCUUUCCGUGCUAACUCCUGGUCAUUUUCUUAUAGGAGGACCACUAAAUAUUGUACCUGAACCUUCUUUAGAAGAUAUUCAAAUAUCUCGUCUUUCUCGAUGGCAGCUUCUGCGACGCAUGACUGAUGAUUUUUGGACUAAGUGGUCUAAAGAAUAUCUUCAAAAGUAUCAACCGAUUUACAAAUGGAAUCAACCAAUGCCUGAAAUCAAACCAGGGUCACUAGUUCUCAUUACGGAUGAAAGAUAUCCACCAACAAAAUGGCCUCUAGGACGUAUCAUCAAGGUUCACCCCGGUAAGGAUGGCCACGUUCGAGUAGUUACUGUAAAAACGGCUACGAGUACCUUUGAAAGACCUGUCACUAAAUUAAGAAUCUUACCAAUUCAUUAACAAUAGUUUGUUAAAUCAAUUUAACAAAGGCGGGCGGAAAAUGUUUAAAAA